AUGGGCCUAAUGUCUUACUUUCUAGGCAUUAAAGUGAAGCAGACAGAUGAAGGAAUCUUUAUUUCACAAAAGAAAUAUGCAAAAAAUAUGCUAAAGAAGUUCAAGAUUGAAUCAUGCAAGCUGAUGCUGACUCCGGUGGAAGAAAGAUUGAAGCUGGAAAGAGAAAGUGGUGGUGAUCUUGUCAACUCAACUAACUUCAGAAGAUUAGUUGGAAGCCUCGGGUAUUUGACUGCAACAAGACUUGACAUAGUCUACGGAGUUAGGCUCAUAAGCAAAUUCAUGAAUUCACCAAGAAAAUCUCAUUGGAAAGCUGCAAAGCGAAUCUUGAGAUAUGCCAAAGGUAUAAUUGAUGAAGGGAUUUUUUAUUUUAGUUCUAGCAAGCUAGAGUUGGUUGGAUACACAGACAGUGAUUGGGCUGGUGAAACCGAAACUCGUAAAAGUACUUCAGGUUAUGUUUUUCAUCUUGGAGAUGGUAUUUUUUCUUGGUGUUCCAAGAAACAACAAGUAGUUUCACUGCCAACAGCAGAAGCAGAGUACAUUGCAGCAACAAAUUGUGCUACUCAAGCAGUUUGGUUGCGGAGAAUAUUGAGCAAAUUGAAACAUCAACAAAAUGGUCCGACAAGAAAUUAA